GUGGGAGGCCCCAUUAGCUAAAGUGGUACCUCAGGUUAAGAACGGACCUCCAGGACGAAUUAAGUUCUGAACCCGAGGUACCACUGUAUUCAGCUUUCCAUAGGGAGAAGAAUCUCCUCUUGGUAACCAGAUAUAUUGCUUGGCUAGAGGAAAUGCUGUUGAACCGUGGGACUAAGCCCCGUUGCCAGUCCUGAGAGAGAGAGAGAACAUGGCUGCCGUAAAGCGAGGUGAUCUUUUGGCUGCGGGACUGGAGUCCGAGGAGGCUCUUCGAGAGUCAACUGCCCUCAAAGCAGAGAGAAGGAGGACUGAAAGCGCUCGGGCUGGGUGUGGCAUGGAAACCUGCAGAAAAACAGCUCCGGAGAUCUUGAACCAGGAUGCUCCAAAUUCCGGUGCUGAGUUCAGGCAGUUCAGGUACCAAGAGGCCAUUGGUCCCCACGAGGUUUGCAGCCGGCUCCUGGACCUUUGCUGCCGGUGGCUGAGGCCCAAGAGACUCACCAAGGAAGAGAUGUUGGAGCUGGUGGUCCUGGAGCAGUUCCUGGCCGUCCUGCCCCCGGAGAUGCAGAGCUGGGUCAGGGAAGGCCGCCCAGGGAGCUGUGCCCAGGCCGUAGCCCUGGCGGAAGGUUUUCUACUGAAGCAGCAGGAGGACAGAAGGCAAACGGUCCAGGAGCCGUUGAUGGAGGUGGCCGGCCCUUUAUCUGGUGCAAAGAAGGUUCCGUCGGACGACUUUGACAGGCCGGGACGUGGGGCCAAAACCAGCACAAUGAAAUUCCACAGAGAUAAAGACAGUGAAAUGGCACCUGAGGCACAUUCUGAAUCUUCUCCUUUUUCUACUGGAGGGGGGAAAGCCACCAUCCAGCCAGCUCAGGAGGCUGUGGUUUUCGAGGAGGUGGCUGUGAGUUUCACAGAGGAGGAGUGGGCCAUGCUGGUUCCAGGCCAGAGAGCAUUGUACCGGGAGGUCAUGUUGCAGAAUUAUGGGAUGGUGGUCUCUCUAGAAGCUCUGCUGACUCCCAAGCCUGACCUCAUCUGCCGGUUGGAAGAGGAAGAGCUCAUUGAGCAGUGUACUGAGGAAGGGGAGAGUUUUAAAGGCUGGAAGAGGGAGAACGAGAAUGAACUUUAUGAGGCUGCUGCGGAGGGAACUGAGACUCGAGAUGUGAAGGAGAUAUUUGUGAGUGAAGAUGGACCAGAGAUUCAGGUUGGAAAGCCGGCAGUGAAGGACAGAUUCCUUUAUUUGCAGGAUGUGGAGUUCCACGAAAGCUCGUUCCAAAAGGAACCGUGCAAAGUAAGGAGGAGGAAUGAGUGCGCUGUGUGUGGGCAGAUCUUCAGUCACAAAUCGAGCCUUGUUACUCAUCAGAGAAUCCACACAGGCGAGAGGCCCUAUAAAUGCACACUUUGUGGAAAGAGCUUCAACCGAAGGACACGACUCACUUCACAUCAGAGGCUGCACACAGGGGAGAAGCUAUAUAGCUGUUCAGACUGCAGCAAGAGCUUUUGCGAAAAAUCGAGUCUUAACGCCCAUCAGAGAAUCCACACAGGAGAGAGACCCUAUAAAUGCUUGAACUGUGGGAAAAGCUUCAGCCGCAGCUCAAACCUUAUUGCUCACCAGAAAAUCCACACGACACAGAAACCCCGUAAUCACUCCAAAGGCAGCAAGGGCUUCUCUGUUCAGUCUAAGCACAAUUCACAUGAGAAAAUUCACAAAGGAGAGAAGGAUCUGUGUAGUUCCGUAAUCUUUAGCAAGAGCAUCUCUGAUGACAUGAGUCUUCUUGGACAUCCAGAAAUAUAUGCAGAAGAAGAUCCUUAUAAAUGUUUUGACUGUGGGGAAAGCUUCAGUAAGAGCUCCAACCUUUUUAAGCAUCAGAGAAUUCACUUAGAGGAGAAACCAUACAAAUUCUGUAGCAAUAGCUUUUCAGACAAAUCCGGUCUCAUGACACAUCAAGGCAUCCACUCGGGAGAAAAAACAUAUAAAUGCUCAGUGUGUGAAAAGAGCUUCAGUCGCAACUGGAGCCUCCUUACACAUCAGAGAUACCACAGAGGGGAGAAACCUUAUAAAUGCUCGGACUGCAGCGAAAGCUUUUGCGACAAAUCAAGUCUUAUCAGGCACCAGAGAAUCCACACAGGAGAGAAGCUCUAUAAGUGCUUCAUUUGUGAGAAGAGCUUCAAUCAGAGCACAAACCUUUUCACACACCAGAGAAUCCACACGGGGGAAAAACCGUAUAAGUGCAUUGAGUGUGGGAAAAGCUUUAACCAGAGCUCACAUCUUAUCAGGCACCAGAGGCUCCACACUGGAGAGAAGCCCUACAAGUGCUCGGAAUGUGGGAAGAGCUUCACUCAGAGUCCAAAUCUCAUUCGGCACUGGAAAAUUCACGCCAGACAGAACACGUAACGACGGCUUUUUGACUUUUAUGAAAAAAUAAAAGCAUCAAUCAGCGCACAAGAGAAUGACACAUUAGAUGACGUCUUACGAGAGAAGGAAAUUGCUCACACAAAUGAGAGGUGGAAGAUUCCUGCAUUGCAGGUGGUAGAUUGGAUGACCCUUUGGGUACCCUCCACUUCUAUGAUACGGUCGUGCAGCAGAACAAUUUCAUGUGCAUGUAACGUUUUCCUAGAUCCCUCUGGGAGUUUUUCCCCUGCAGAGACUGCAAUCCCAUCCUAGUAGUAUAAGCAAAGUAGAGCUAUAGAGUUGGAAGUGUGAAUGUGCUGAAUUUUCAUUAAUAAACCAAAACAAAAAAUAAA